UGCAGUCGAGAUCGGCAAUCUGACGGCCAGCGAUUACGCCCAAGCCAAAGAUCCGAUUCUCAUAUCUAUUUUGCCACAGGAAUGGAUCAUCAUGACUUUCAAGCACAGAAAAGGGAGAUGAAGCAUAAAGGAAGGAACGUCGUAUGGUCCAUGGCAAUGGACAAGUGUUUAAUUGAGGCCCUUGUCAUUCAGGCUAAAAAUGGGAACAAGAUCGACAAGUGCUUUAAUGAAAAUGCAUACACUGCUGCUUGCAUUGCUGUCAACUCUCGUUUCAACUUGAAUUUAAAUAAUCAGAAAGUUGUUAAUCGUCUUAAGACGAUCAAGAAAAGGUACAAGAUAAUGAGAGAUAUGCUAACUCAAAAUGGCUUCACGUGGAACCCAAAUACCAAGAUGAUUGAGUGUGACAAUGAUGAUCUUUGGAAGAGAUAUAUUGCGGCACACCCUGAUGCAAGGGGAUUUCGGGGAAAGCAGAUUGAUAUGUAUGAUGAGCUAAAAAUUGUCUGUGGAAAUUAUCAAGCCCCUAGUCGGUGGGCGAGGAUGACAGAUGGAAGCCAGCCAACUGCAAUUAAGAAUUGCGAAGAUGAUUCCGCUUCAUACCUUUCACCAAGUUCAGAAGACCUAAGUGAGACAGACGGGACAGAAUCAUAUACUGGACAGCAAGAGUAUGCACAGAUGCCUGAUGGUAGUGGAGAUCCUCCUUUAAUACAGCCUUUGUCCCAAAUUCCAAAACGGGCCCGUGGCUCAGAGGCAAUUCAGGAUGCAAUGCUGGCAGUGGCAACAAGCAUCCGACGAUUAGCGGAUGCUCUAGAGCGGAGAAAAAACUCAGUUGAUUCCUCUGAACUUUUACAAGCUGUGAUGGAAAUCGAUGGCUUGGAAGAGGCUAGGCAGAUGUAUGCCUUUGAGUAUCUGAAUGCUGACCCCAUCAAAGCCAGAGCCUUCAUGACAUACAAUGUUCGGAUGAGGAAGAUAUUUUUGUUCAGGCAGUUCUGGUGGUGGAAGUAGCGAUUGAUCCCAAGCUGGGGACUUUUUGGAUAGAGUUUAGAAUACUAUGGAAAAACUUGUUUGGUUAAUGUUUACUCAUUAUUGUCUUACAAUUUUAUAUGGUUGAUGUUUGAAGAUGAAUGUAUAUAUCAUCAAAUGGUUGCAGGUAAUGUUCCGGUUUUUGCUCUUGUUGGAGUGAAGCCUUUGCUAAUAGUAGGUUAGAAAAAAGUUAUCUUCUCUUGGUUUUACUCUUUUAGGAGGGGUAAGGUAUAAGGCGGUAUAAGGUGUUCACUUCUAUAUUUUUCUGCAUCUUAUGAAUUGAUGGAAUCACCUCUUGCUGCUUA